AUGACGGCUAGGGUUUUGGGAGGCGACUUUCGUACGUUGAGUGAGGGAGGACAGGACGCAACCAUGGAGGACAUCGGUGGGAAGGAGAGGCCGCCGGGGGAUCCACCGGAUGUUCCUGGGUCAUGGGUGAGGAAAGUAGUAGGAAGCAGCGAAGGAGGGAUGCCCGUACCAGAGGAAGUUGUUGAUGAGAGAUUUAUGGAGUCGAAAUUGAGUUUGGAGUUCCCGAACGGGGAAGAUGGAGAACCGGUGAUAACAAUAGGAGAGGAAGUGUUGACAGCAAUGAAUAGCUUGUGGAAGAGGUGCAUGAUUGUUAGGGUUUUGGGAAGAAACGUUCCAAUUCUGAGCCUGAGACGUAAACUCAUAGAAUUAUGGAAGCCUAAAGGGUCGAUGUUUGUGAUGGAUCUCCCAAGACACUAUUUUAUGGUACGUUUUGAGUUAGAGGAAGAGUACAUGGCGGCAUUAUCAGGAGGUCCAUGGAGGGCGUUUGGUAGUUACCUUAUGGUGCAAGCAUGGUCUCCUGAGUUUGAUCCGUUGAAGGAUGAGAUCGUUACGACGCCAGUUUGGGUUCGAUUAUCUCAUAUUCCAGUGAACUUUUACCAUAAGACAAUAUUGAUGGGCAUAGCUAAGGGGCUAGGACGACCAAUCAAAGUGGACUUGACAACCUUGAAAUUCGAGAGAGCUCGUUAUGCGAGAAUCUGUGUAGAGGUGAACUUGAAUAAGCCUUUAAAGGGGUCAGUGAUGGUAAAUGGUGAGAGGUACUACGUCUCAUAUGAGGGAAUCUCUGCUAUUUGCUCAAUGUGUGGUAUGUUUGGACAUCUUGUCCACGCAUGUCCAUAG